GGCAAGAACCCGGAUGUACCUGGGUAGAUGUGUUGGCAGUCGGGGCUCUGAGAUUUGGGCGCUCUGGGGGUGCUGGCAGCUGGGGCACAUGGCGCAGGGUUGGGCUGGCUUCUCUGAGGAGGAGCUGAGGCGACUUAAACAAACGAAAGAUCCAUUUGAAUCACAGCGGCGUCUCCCAGUGAAGAAAAGUCGACAACAACUUCAGCGAGAAAAAGCCCUUCUAGAGCAAAGCCAAAAACUUGGGUUACAAGAUGGGUCAGCCUCAGUACCUCCAGAGCAGUUGCUUUCUGCACCAGAACAAAGAUGUAACGCUCAAAAACCACAUUUUUCUUCCCCUACUCUUCCUAGUCCUCUUACUCUCACCUGUCCUGUUGGUGAUGGAAAACCACAGGGUAUUGAAAGUCAACCAAAGGAACCAGGACUCAAGAAUUCCCAUGAUGGUCACAAAAAUGUUGAGGUUCUAUCCCCAAAGCCAGAUUGCAAAUUGGAGAAAAAGAAAGUGGAAUUGCAAGAGAAAUCCCGUUGGGAAGUCCUCCAACAAGAACAACGGCUGAUGGAAGAGAAAAAUAAACGUAAGAAAGCUCUUUUGGCUAAAGCUAUUGCAGAAAGAUCCAAAAGAACUCAGGCAGAGACCAUAAAACUAAAGCGGAUCCAGAAGGAGUUGCAGGCUUUAGAUGACAUGGUGUCAGCUGACAUUGGAAUCCUCAGGAACCGGAUCGAUCAGGCCAGCCUAGACUAUUCAUACGCUCGCAAGCGAUUUGACAGGGCUGAAACAGAGUACAUUACAGCAAAGCUAGAUUUACAGCGCAAGACCGAGAUAAAAGAGCAACUCACUGAACAUCUUUGUACGAUCAUACAGCAAAAUGAGCUCCGAAAGGCCAAGAAGUUGGAGGAGUUGAUGCAGCAGUUGGACGUACAAGCUGAUGAGGAGACUCUGGAGCUUGAAGUGGAGGUAGACAGAUUGCUGCGUGAACAAGAAGCAGAAGCAGGGAAACAAACAGUUGAUUUAGAAAGGCCAUUUCAGCCCGCUGGGGAGAAUGUGACAUUAGGAUUUGCUAAAGAGGACAAAAAACAUCAAGAACAAGCUGUUUCCCCAAAGGUAGACAAACAGCGUGCAAAUUCCAAUAGCAUCCCCCUUCUUAGUCCAGACGGCCCAAAUCAAAAAGUUAAUGACAUUUCAGCUGCUCUGGGCACGUGAAGUGCUAGUGUUCUUUUCAACUAAUAUGGUAUUCAGUAAAGUAUAAUUUCUGCAGUAGAUUAUGCCCUGACCUCUGAUAAAAGCCUCUUUAAAACAAUGUUAAUUUUUGAAUCCAUGAUUAAUUUUAGUAGAUUAACAUGUUUGACCAUUCUAAAAUCCCAAAUUAUAGUAAUUUUAUAUCUGGGGCAUAUUUCACCUUGAUUUUUGGUCCAGUUCUUUCAGUUUUCUUUUUACCCCUAUUACUGGGUGAAAAUAAGUGACUUAAAAGGAUGGGGGAAAUAAUUACGUGGUUAGAGUGUUUUUAGACCAGCUAAAUAUAGAAAAGUAAAAUGGAAAAUAAUUCUCAAUACCUAAUCGAACUCAUUUAUCUUCCCCUGGGAGAAGUAUCGAGAAUGGAAGUCCUAUUUUAUGUAAUCAGUAAAAAAACACAAAAAUCACUAUGUGAAAAAAAGAAAGGCAGGAAGAAAAAAAAAAGUAGCACAUUGAAUUACCUAUCUGGAUCUUACUAGAAUUGCAAAACACAUCUUAGAAACUGCAGUUAAUGUAAAGAAACAGACAACUUAAGCCAACAUUACUAUUGUCUUCAAUCUGCCUUUAAAUGGUUUUAGUUUACAAUCUGAGUUUUGGUUCGUUGAUACACAUACUAUAUAUAGUAAUUUUACUAUUAAUAUAUUGUCUUUAAUCAGUGAAUUGAUUACAUUCAGACAAAACAUUGCUAAAGUGAAGCUGAGAAUAAUAUAGAAUAUGUUAUUACUACUUUUGAUUGUCCGAAAAACUGACAUAUUUUCUUUCUAAAGUUAUCUAUUAAUAUAAAUGUGUGUUUUAUAUGUUGGGCAUAAAUUAUCCUGUCAUAAAGCAUUUAAAUUGUUAAAAUGCUGAUUUUCUUAUUACUUUAAUAGUUUAUUAAAUUCCUAUCACUAAUACUUGACAACUACGUUGUGUUAUAUGUGAACGUGUAAAAAAAUAUUGUAGUUUUGUCAC